AUGGACCCUUUGUCUCUGGUGGCCGAACACUGCGCCGAUGCCGGACACACGUUCGCCUUUCAGCAUGCCGAAAUUCUGGGCCGGGGAAACGAUCGCAUAGCCAGGGAAAAAAUCGAGGCUUGGCACACGGGGACAACCUCCAUCAACCGCUGUGUGACUCUUCCCGUUGCCUAUCAAGCCCUUCGAGCGCAGCUCAGUAAACAAUUGAGCAGACGUGCACCCAGGCUAAACAUGAAUCCAGACAUGAGCGAGCCCAUGGCGGAUACACACUCAGCCACCCCUCAACCGGGUUCCGACCAAGGCGCAGUCCUCACCACAGCCGGUCCAUCUACUAGUCCGGCGGACGAGAAAACGGACAGUCGUUGCGGCGUAAACAAGAUUGCCAGGCUUGGACGGCAGCUACGGUCAAUGAAGGUACGAACGACGACCACCAACGUCGCAACGCCGGCUUCCGAUGUAGAUUGA